UGUGAGUUAUAAGCGGUUAGUUGUGAGUGAAGUUAAGUGAAAUGUGAUCCAAGCGCGGUCAGCGUGGAUUAAUAAAUCGGCAAAGAUGCCGUUUUCAAGGAGGAUCGUUAAUCCUCCAAGGAUAGGACGGCUAAGUGAUGCGGAGAAGAAAACUGUGGCGGAUGCUGGCGAGUUUCUUGCAGUGUCGCAUUGCGCUUUGGUAGGAAUUCUUCAACAGUUGACCAGUGUCACCAAACACGCCGACGGAAUAUUCUCCGAUUUAUGCGAGGAGUGCAGGGUGGUUUUAGCCAGGACUGAUGCCAUCAGGAAGAGGUGUGAUGCCAUCUCAGGAAUUGUCGAAAAAUUCAACCACAAGACAGAGAAACUACCUCAAGGUGACCUAGCCCGAAUCAGUAAGAAUCCGUCUCAUCAUUAUCAUCAUCACGUCAAGUUAGACAAGGAGCUCGUCACCAACCAAACCCGUCCAGAGUGUGUCCAGGAUCAGUAUGAUGCUGCCGUCAUUGACCGCGUGGAGGUGCGGCGCAUCCAUGAGGAGUACAGGGAGAAGGAUGGACUGAUCUGGGAGCAGGAGUUUCAAAAGGGGUCUGCGUCAGAUUUGGACGAAAAGAUACCAAAUUUGGAUAUCGAGACACGAAAGCCUGCCAUACUUGGACUGCUCGAACGUGACAAACAGGACAGAGAGUCGCCAUGGAUCCGUCCACGAUCAGCCGACAUGCUCUGUUUCAUGAAAGACAACACAAACGUCGAUGACCUGCCAUUACCCACUCCUGAAGAAGCGCUAAGAAGGAACGCAAAAUCGCAACCGUCCGUAUUAAUACCGGUCGACAUCACAGGGACUACUUUUAAUCGUAUGUGCGAGUUCCGACGGUCCUUGCGAGGGUCUAUGGAAUAUGAGCAACGGAAGAGCAGGAAGCGAAGACGUCGAACCGUAUCUGGGAUACCUGGUGAAGUCAGUCGGGAGUUGGAUGAUAUGGGAUUUGGUCUCUCAGCGGAUGGACCGACUACGAUUGAACGUUCAAAAACGUUAGAUUUCGAAGCGAACGGCGACAACAACAGUUUAUUGGAUUUUAGAAUCUCAAGACACGAUUUACAUUACAGCAGAGACGAGGUAUUUUCAGAUAGUCCUGAAAGGGACGAAGUUAAACGAGGGCCUGGGGAUCAUUCAGUGCAUGCACCGGAGCGACAUGAAAAACGUAGCUUAAGAGGCAGCUUUAGAAACUUAUCAUGUCUUGGUAACCGCGCCGAGGCAAGAUCACGACAACGAUCAACUAUCCGGGAACGAGAGAAACGUUCUCGCUCUUUACCUCCUGAUCGCCAUAAAGCUGAGAGUAGCGCCAUCAUGCAGAAGGAACCGAAACCAGAGGAGCCUCUUGAGCGAACGAUAUCUCAGGAGACACUUCAAUCUAUUUCUAACCAACAGUUUAAUCUGGUGAGGUGUCUCAGUUUCCAUAAACUGCGGCGGUCGCGGUCCAUGUCCGGCAAUAAAGACAAAAAAGAAAAGAAAAGACAAUUAUCUCGUGCUAAAUCUCAGGACUUUGACACUUUAAAUAGUUGUGAAUAUAAAACAAAUGAUAAGAAACAAUUACCAUUAUCUCGGGCAAAAUCGCAGGAUUUUGAUACGAUAAAUACAGUAAGUAAAGGAAAAAACAAUAAAAAGAUUCUUUCUCGUGCUAAGUCUCAGGAUUUUGAUACAAUUAAUUCUUGUGGAUAUAAAUCUGAGGAUGAUUUGGACCACGACGAAGGUAUCGCAGUCUCUCAGGAAAAUAUUGCUGACUCCAGGGACAAUGUCACAGCCAGGGAGCGUCUGUCUCCCGCUGAGCGGUUACUUAAGAAGGAGAAACGCAAGUCACUUGGGAAGAGGUUAUCGCAGUUUUGGUCAAAUGUGCAGUUCCGUUCCCAUGGCAACAAAAAGAGACCGUCAAAAGAGGAUCGGCAAUCUUCAUCUGGUGCUUGGAGUGCAAGCAGUGAUAGUGUGCGACAGUCGAGCGGGUCGGCAGGAUCAGGACCAUCGCCCGAUAGAAGCUCGUUCAAGGAUUCAGCGCUGGAACUAAGUGUACCGCCUCCACUGGUAGAAACUGACAGGGUGAGCCAAAAAGGGUCUAUCCAUGGAUCGCUUAUGGACGUACGCCGUAAUUUCACGGCGAUGGACUCUGAUGCUUGGUUGAAACAGACCUUAGAACAACGCAAUAAAACAAGCCGAACCAAGGAGAUACCAGUCAAAGACCUAACCCAGGCCAACUUAGAGGCACAUGAUCUGAGAACACUCACGGAUAAUGGCGUUGUUAUUGAUGAAGAGGAGUCUUCCGAGUAUUCUGUCGAUCAGGAAGGAUUUUAUACGAGUAUGCACACGGAUAGUGGACUUAACAAGCGACAUUCUAUGCAUUCUGUGCUAAGCGGUAAUAGUGCUAAAGAUGCGACUGAGCAGACACGGUAUAUGUUUCGUAGUAAUAUGACUUUAGAUAGUGUGAUUUAUAAACCCAAGCAAGAGGACAAUACAAUCAUGUCAGAAGGAAAAUCAACCGAUACGCUGACUGCGGAAACGCCCGGUUACUUGAGUAUGAGUGUAGUUUCUAAAGGUGCUGAGAUGGUGCCACCUAGUGUGCCUGUGCCUAACAAAAGCAAUGUCGACGAUACUUUGCUGAAUAAGAAGAAAGUACCACCACCCCCAAAACGUGUCUCGACUCUUAACCAAAGCAUGUCUUCUGCUGAUGACUCUAUAGAAUCUAUCGAUGGUGCUAUUGCUAUGCCACCUAUGGACAGUUUUGUGACUCCUAUCCUUAUGCCGCGUUCGUUAAGUGCAAAUAGCAGCCUGAACAAUAGUAAAAAUACGUUGGCCUCUACUGAGUCCGAGUCCGACCACCAGCAUAUUUAUGCUCGCGUCAAGAUGAAAACAGCGAUAAACACUUCCAUGUACCCUUCAAUGUGCUCUGUGACCCCUAUGGGCAGUGAUGAUGAGACUAUCAGUUUACGCAGCGAAUCCCGCUCGGAUUCUGACUUCACUGUUUCAAGUAUUGCGACGCCGUCGCCCCUUAUAAGUAGCGCACCAUCACCGUGGAGUAAUUUCAAAUCGCCGUAUUCGACAAUUGACAAGUAUAAAAACCUAAUGAAGCAAUCUAGUAUUGUGGAGAGCACGCCAGUUGCCAUGGGUGGAUAUAGAAGUCAUACUCUGCCGCGUAAGAUGUCGUUUAAACAGUUUGCGCUGAAAGAAACGGAGGAGGAGAAGCGUAAGAGAUGGAGCGCUGAAAAUAAAUCAAUCAGCAGCGACGAUUCUGGUGAACAUUAUAACUCAAAUUCAUGGCCACGGUCACCACCAUUUAGACAGAAAAAGAUUGCUAUCCCAACGAUUGAGAGUAGCAUCACCGAGAGCAAGGACGAGGCCCCAAUGAUUCCUCCCAAACCAAUGAUCGUCAAGUCUGGCUCAAAUGAUUCACUCAAGUCCAACUCCUCCGGUGGCAGAGGGAGCGGAGACCUCAGCUCCAUCACGGGAAAGGCGACCAUGAAACCGAUACCGGAAAUCAAAACAUUCAGUCAGUAUCAGGAACUUCUUAAAGGUGUCUCCCCUGAGCAGCCUGAUGGUGUGACUGCCGCUGAGAGUAUGCUGUCGUUGUCCUCGUCCUCCUCUCAGAGCACAGGUAUCUCGAGCAUGUCGAGUGGAAGUGGUAGUGGCUCAGAGGGUACUGUGCCAAGCAAAUACCAGCAUGCGAUUACAGUACGGCCAAAAACUGGCAAUCCCGCGCAGAUACUUUCACCUACGGAUCGGCCACGAAUGAGUCGGUUGGGUUCUAUUGAUAACCAGUCUAAAGUGGAAUAUAUCAAAGUGCGUGAGCCAAUAUACGCGAAUACGUCUCGAAGUGGAGAGCAACGCGCUCUGUAUGCAAACUUGAAUAAUAGACCAAGCAUUUAUGCUAACUCCCUUGCCAAGACGAACAUUUAUGCUAAUACAAACACGCAUUCUCAUAUAUAUUCCAAUAAACCGGGUUACGCCAAUACCGCUAAUAUAGAUGCAGAACAGACCUCUCCUGUCAAUAAAAUCUCACCGCCGAGACCAGAACUGAUUUAUGCAAUAACAAACGUUGUGAAGUCGGAGGCCACUGUCCCGAAAUGUAUUGAGCCGCCUGCUCCACAUUACGCCACCUCGAACCUUGUUAAAACUCCACCGCAAACUACUCAGGGUGCAACAGACUCUGCUGCUGAUACGAGUUCUGGCUACAUUCAGAUGUCCUGGCCAGAAAGCAAGGUCGAGACUGACUUGAAGCGGGUGUCGUCUUUUAUGGGUUCAAAGGGCAAGAACGAGACAAAUAAAUCUGACUAUUCCACUCUUGGUUCAUUCGCGGUCAAACAGGAUGCUGAGAAAUCAUUCAAAAUGACUGAGGAUGCAGAUAAGUGUGUUGUUCUGUCGCAGUCCGAUGAGGCCGCUCCUAACACUAGUGGCACCAUGCCAAAGCCUUUCCAGCCGGGCAAGUUCUCGAUUGGACCAAGCACAUCGCAAAAUAAGUACGCAACAAUAGGAAAAGGGCGUAAAUUAAGCAUCGAUGCAAAUACUGUGGCUGGAGGUGGUAAGUCUAGUUCAGGUGGUCCUGUGAUGAGCACUGCUGCUCUCGUUGAACUUGCGAGAAGAAACAGCUCUCCUUCUCUCACCACACAGUAUAAUUCUCCCCUGAGCAGACAAGUCUCUGUUCCGGACACUAUCUUGGCCGAGCCCUCAUCCCCUGUUGAAAAGACAUCACUAAUUGACUCAGUCCAAGGAUUAACCACCAACAGUGACGCUUCUUCAGUGGUCAGUCAGUCCGAGUCGAAUAAUAACUCUGUUUUGUCUUCGCCAAAUAAAAAUAAAGGUCGUCUGAGUCUUGAAUCGGGGCUCUCCAAGUCCAAGGACAGUUUAAGCAGCACCAAAUCUGCAAAAGCAAGGAUUAGUUUAGAUAGUAUUUCAAAGCCUGCACCGCUGACGGAGUUGGAUUAUUUAAAGCGAAUGAAGUCGUUAUCUCCCGGCGACGGGCAAGAGGAUUUACAGAAGUCACGUGACAGUAUCGACGAGGUUGCGGUCAUGGACAUCCUGGAUAGUAUCCGCAGUACGAUCAACAAUAUAAACAAUGACAAACACAAUGAAGCCACCUCAGAGCCGACGUCACCGACCGCCGUGGUGACAAAAGCACCGUUUUAUGGGACAACAGUUUAACUCGAUACCAUGAUAACUUAUUUUGAUAUAUGUGACCCGCUCUACCAAAACUAGGCGCUUGUCGCAUCUGAACUUGACAGGUUGAUACCGGACUUGUUGUUCAUUUCCCUAUUGUAGACCUUUGGUGAAAUGUAACCAAAUCAGUUUGUAAUAGAUUUCACAAAAGGUCUACAAUAGGGAAAUGAACAAUAAGUCCGUAUCAACCUGUCAAGUUCAGAUGCGACAAGUGCCUAGUUUUGGUAGAGCGAGUCACAUAUUUUGAUGAAAGUUUUAUAAUCAUUCUAAAAAAUUACACAAAAUCAAGAAAUAAGCUUUUCAGUGCAAUAAUGUUUUCCAGUGUAUGAGAUGUGGCUCUCACCCUCCCUAAUCAUCUAAUUAGUUUUAACUGCAGUUUGUCUAAAGAAAUAAUGUCAUUUUAAUACAUUUAAUGUGCUUUUAUGAUGAUAUUGCCUGUGUGGGCUGUGAUGGUUGAACUCUAUUUGGAGGAUUACAACAUCAUUUAUGGGCUUAUUGUGAAAUCGGCACGGCACUAGACAAAAUUAGAUUGCUGUUAAAGUUCAGUGUGCUCAUCAAUUGGUUCAUCAGCUAAAUCAAUUAUCUGUUUGACAGUGUUGCCAUCUUCAGAGAUUAUGAUAAACUAGAAUUUUGAAGGCUCUACUCCUAAACUUUUCGAAUAAGGAGUUGUCUCGUGGUGGAGAUGCUGAGCUGUAUGAAAAGAGCAGGAGCUGAGCAUGAUAUUGUUAUCCUGCGAGACAACUCCUUUUCACUUUCCUUUUCAUAUUUCGUGUUUAUUUGUAGGUGCCUUCCUUUCACUUCACAUGUUUUUCCUGCCUGAAAUGGGUUAUUUUAACGAGCAUUACUUGACUGGCUGACUUGAUCACACCACUGUGAUCGAGUUAUUUAAUUGAUCACACCGAUGUGAUCAAGUCAGUCACUCAAGUCUUUACUUUAUCUGUGGCCUAUUCAUCAUUUUCACUGGCUAUCAAUCGUUUUGGUUGCCUUUGUUUUUGAAAGAGACCUGAUAGAAAUUUGAUGCAGAUGUGCACAGCAAUGGACCCUUGGUGCUUUCUACCAGGCAACCAAGAUAGCGAUCGCCUGGUGGAUCCACCAAAUUCUUGACAAGUUGCGACUGUUUCUUUGUGUUGUAGUUGACUUGCCAUGGCUGAGUUUAAUGGUGUUUCCUAAAUUUAGAUGUAGACUAGGUUAGAAAAGGUCAGCUUGCAUCUAGUACCUGAUCUACAUACUGACGGUGUUGCUCUGAUCAGAGACUGGAACAACCACUUUGAACUAUUCUGAUGGCUCCCGACUGAUUUUGCAGCAUAUUCCUUAGUGCGAGCCAUCAUCAUUCAGAAGAAUAUAAUGCAGAAUCGGCCAGGAUCCAUCACAACUUUUUAACAAAGAACAGUAUUCUGGGACCUGAGCUUCGUUUUAAAGUUUUAAAACAUCCUGACUGAAGUACUUUAGUAGCGUUGGAUCACAGGAUACAUUUUAGGUUAUUUUCUGUUAAAUUUAGAUUACAUUAUGUAAGCAGAACUAGAUGACGUGCUUUAUUAGGACAAGGAGGUUUCUCUAUGUAAAUAGCUGCAUUUUGUACUCGAGAAUCUGGUCAUAGAAGCUUAGAGAUAUGAGAAGAACCUUUUGAGGACCAGUUUUUAAAAUAUUGUAUCAAAGUGGAGUUGGCAUAGUUUCCUUGUAUUAUUUGGGUGACAAAUUUGCACAGACAAGGUGAUGGAAUUCAAACAGAAAUUUACCUCAAAAACAGUUUCUCCAGAAAAAAUAAAAAAUCUUGAAUUAAUAUAGGGAUUUAAUUUGGGAUUAUAAAAAUAUUGUCUUUUCAGCAUGGUGUACAGGAGUACUGACAGAGAAACUCAUUGCAUGAGAAAUUCUUGCCUUAGAAAUCACCUGUCAGGGUUUCCGCCAGUAUUAAAUUUGAGGGGGUGAAAAAAAAAAAAAAUUCUAAAUUUUGUUUUUCUUGUAAAGGGUAUAUGACCCCUCCUGAGACGUUUUUUGGCCCUAAAACUGCUACAAUUAGCUCCCAAAUGCUCUUAUUUUACAUAUCAAAUCAUGAAAAUUACUCAUUUGACAGUAAAACAAACUAUAGUGCUCAAAAUUAAGGGGGGGAUAUCCCCCUUGAAAUAUUUUAGGGGGGAUGAAUCCCCCCACCACCCCCCCCCCUGGUGGAAACCCUGCCUGUUCUGUGUGUGUGUUUCAUGGGGGUUUGAUCUGUACUAAAGAGGUACGUAAUUUAGAUAGUGUUUUCCAUUUUAUGAUCCUUCAUUUGUACAUGUAAAUGUAUUUUGUAUAUCUUUACAAGUCAUUUUAUAUAUUUUGAGGUAUCUUAUAGAAAACAAUACUGUAAAUAGAAAAUAGCAUAUUCACAUUAGGUAAUUCAUACAUUUCGUCCAGUUCUCUAAAAAAAUUCACUACUCUGAAACAUCUGAGUUUUAGUGACUAUGGCUGACCAUAAUUAUGACUGAGUCAUUUUGCUACAGCUAGUGUUUUUGAAGUCUGUGUUGUUGUGAUUGGCAGCACUGAAUUUUGUCUGUCACUCAGUAACAUAUUUUAUUUAUUCACUUCCCUUUUUAAAGGCCUACGCCGUUCGUUAAAAACUUUGAAUUUGUAAUUGAAUUUAAAAAUGUCCAAUGUCCAACAUUACCGUUGUGUGGACAGAUAUACAAAUACUAUGAAUACCAAGUUUAAACAAAUUUGUAUUCACAAUAACUGCACUACGGCAUUGUGUAUUAGUGGAUUUCUAUUUAACUGGACCACAAGUAAUUACGAACGGCGUUCCCCUUUAACAAGUUUAAAAUAUACCUUGGAUGUGAUUUCGGGAAUUGAUACCAAACUGAGGUAUUGGUUGUCUCACCUAGCGUAAACUGUUGUUCAUUGUUAUCAAGGUGUUUUCAAAUUAUCAAUUUGGACAUAAUUACAGUGAGCCAACCAUUUUGUUUAUUAAAUUCACAUAUGUCCAUUGUUUUGGCAUUGAUGAGGGAUCAAACUAAGCCAGAGUUCGUCCUAUGCAUUGUAAAUAAUCAUGUUGUCGUCAUUCUUUGUACAGUUUGAAUGUAAAGACAAAAUAAACAUUUUGCCAUUGGUAAA